UCAUUGCGCAGGAUGUUGUCAUCACCGAUGCGCGUGUCCGUCUGCGCGCACUCGUGGGUUCCGUGCGUCAUGGCCGCCGUCAGCUGCGCAAGGCUCCUGUCACCGGGAUCCGUUCACGGACUGCGGCUCGGUUCUUGGCUUCUUCCGGCUCUGAGCCGAGUGUCUCAGGCGCGCCGCCACAGGCUCGGUCCCGCCGAUGACGAGCUCUACCAGAGGACCACAGUGUCGCUCCUGCAGAAGGAAGGGGGAGGAGCCGUCAUCUACAGCUACAGCCCGCGCGGAUUCAACAUCAGCGGGAACAGAGUGAUGGGACCCUGCGCCGUGCUGCCCCCUGCCGUCCUGCAGUGGAACGUGGGUCAUCACACAGACAUCACAGUGGAGAGUUUGUCUCUGUUUUAUCUGCUGGAGCCACGCAUCGAGAUCCUGGUGCUGGGGACGGGGGCUCGUACGGAGCGUCUGGAUACAAGCGUGCUGGACUUCCUGAAGAAGAAGGGCAUCGCUGUGGAGGUUCAGGACACGCCAAACGCAUGUGCGACGUUCAACUUCCUGUCCAGCGAGAGACGGUUAGCAGCGGCCGGCCUGAUCCCUCCUCCUGCGGCCGAGUAACAGAGAACUCUGGGAAACCAUGUCACAUGAUCAAUGUGUGUGUGUGUGUGUGUGCAGAGAGAAUAAACACAGAUUCAAGGUGUUAUUACACGAGUGUGUGUGUGUGUUGGUCUGUCUCUGUCCUCUGUGAGAACGGCUCAGUCUGAGCUCGUGUGUGUGAUCAGACACAAACACACUCUCUUCAUCGCGAGCACGUCUUUAUUAGCUCCACAUCACGUCUAACGUUUAUUUGUGUAAAUCUCAGGUGUGGACGAGUCUAAACUUUGAUAAAGAAUUUCUCUGGAUUU